UCCUGAGCCCGGCGCCGCUGGGAGCUGUAGUUCCCCGGGUCCCGUCUAGGCGCCGGCCGGGCUCUCCGCCCGUCAUGCUGUGCGCUUCCGGCGGCCUCCUAGCGGCCACCGCGCUCCCGGGCCAGCCCCCAGGCCGGGCCGCCGCGCCCCGCUGUCGCCGCCGGGACCCGCCCUUCCCCGGGGAUCCCGAGCUCUCCCCGGACGUCCUCUUGGCCGACAGGAUCGCUAGACGCAGCCUGCCCGCGGGCCGCAGGGCCUUCCUGAGGCGGGGCCGCAUGCCUCCGGCCGUGGGCGGAGGCCUGGCGGCGUCCGAGCUGCGGGCUCGGAAGGGCAAGGCCGGGCCGCAGGCAGGAAUCGCGGACCGGGACGAGACCCCCACGAGGAACCCCAAACGGCUUGCGCAGGGCCCGGGAUGCGGAGGCGCGGCCGGCCGCGGGGCGCUGCUGGCCCUGGUGACACUGCUGGCCUUCGCCACCCGCUUUCACCGCCUGGACCAGCCGCCGCACAUCUGCUGGGAUGAGACACACUUUGGAAAGAUGGGGAGCUACUACAUCAACCGCACCUUCUUCUUCGACGUGCACCCGCCCCUGGGGAAGAUGCUCAUAGGCCUUGCUGGCUACCUGAGUGGAUAUGACGGCACCUUUUUGUUCCAGAAGCCGGGGGACAAGUAUGAGCAUCACAGCUACCUGGGAAUGAGAGGAUUCUGUGCGUGCCUCGGCUCCCUGCUGAUCCCUCUGGCCUACCUCACCGUGGAGGAGCUGUCCCACUCGCUGCCCGCGGCCCUGCUCACUGCCGCCCUGCUCACCUUUGAUACAGGAUGCCUGACUCUGUCCCAGUACAUCCUCCUCGACCCCAUCCUGAUGUUCUUCAUCAUGGCCGCCAUGCUAAGCAUGGUCAGGUACAACUCCUGCACUGACAGGCCCUUCUCUGCUCCCUGGUGGUUCUGGCUCAGCCUGACUGGCGUCAACCUGGCUGGUGCUCUUGGGGUCAAGUUUGUCGGGCUCUUCAUCAUCCUGCAGGUGGGGUGGAACACCGUUUCUGACCUCUGGGGCCUGCUUGGAGACCUCAGCAUCUCACUGGUGACCGUGGGGAAACACGUGGCCGCUCGUGUGGUGUGUCUCAUCCUGCUGCCCCUGGCUCUCUACACUGCCAUGUACGCCGUCCACUUCACGGUGCUGAGUAAGAGUGGUCCCGGUGAUGGCUUCUUCAGCUCUGCCUUCCAGGCCCGGCUGUCAGGAAACAACCUUCAUAACGCCUCCAUCCCAGAACACCUGGCAUACGGCUCAGUGAUCACCGUGAAGAACCUGCGCAUGGCCAUGGGCUACCUGCACUCCCACCAGCACCUGUACCCUGAGGGCGUCGGUGCCCGCCAGCAGCAGGUCACCACGUAUUUGCACAAGGACUUCAACAACCUGUGGAUUAUCAAGAAGCACAAUACCGUCUCAGACCCGCUGGACCCUGCCUAUCCAGUGGAGUUUGUAAGACACGGAGACAUCAUCCGGCUAGAACACAGAGAGACUUCUCGGAACCUGCAUAGUCACUAUCACGAGGCCCCCCUGACCCGGAAGCACUACCAGGUCACUGGCUAUGGCAUAAAUGGGACAGGGGACUCCAAUGAUUUCUGGCGGAUUGAGGUCGUAAACCGAAAAUUUGGCAACCGGAUCAAAGUGCUGAGAAGCCGAAUCCGCUUCAUCCACCUGGUCACGGGCUGCGUCCUGGGCUGCUCGGGAAAGGCCCUGCCUAAGUGGGGCUGGGAACAGCUGGAGGUUACCUGCACCCCAUACCUGAAGGAUACGCUCAACUCCAUCUGGAACGUGGAGGAUCACAUCAACCCCAAGUUGCCAAACAUCAGCCUGGACGUGCUACAGCCUGGCUUCCCUGAGAUCUUCCUGGAGUCCCACAUGGUGAUGAUCCGGGGCAACAACGGCCUUAAGCCCAAGGACAAUGAGUUCACCUCCAAGCCCUGGCACUGGCCCAUCAACUACCAGGGCCUGCGCUUCUCUGGCAUCAAUGACACCGACUUCCGGGUGUACCUGCUUGGCAACCCGGUGGUGUGGUGGCUGAACCUGGCGAGCGUGGCCCUCUACCUCCUCUUGGGGGGCGUCCUGGCUGUGGCUAUGCGGAGGGGCGUGUGUCUGCCCAAGGAGCUGCAAGGACUGUCCCGGGUGCUGCUGCAGGGCGGCGGCCAGCUCCUGCUUGGCUGGGGGCUGCACUACUUCCCCUUCUUCCUCAUGGGCCGCGUCCUCUACUUCCACCACUACUUCCCGGCCAUGCUCUUCUCCAGCAUGCUCACAGGCCUCCUGUGGGACAGCCUCUUGCGGCUCUGCGCCUGGCGUCUGGGCAGGGGCGUCCACGCAGUGGGGAUCCUCGGCCUGCUGCUGGGUACGGCCUACAGCUUCUACCUCUUCCACCCUCUGGCUUAUGGGAUGGUCGGCCCCCUGGCCCAGGAUCCCCAAAGUCCCAUGGCAGGACUGCGCUGGCUGGAAUCAUGGGACUUCUGAGGCCACUGUGAGGACUCUGGCCUGGGACCAGGACUUUCCAGGGACGGCCAACCCUGGAACCUAUGCCUAGACUCGCCUGGCUGUGGGAGAAGCCACCCCAGAGCCCAGGGCUCUGCUGCCCGGUGGCCCCAUGACUGAGCCCCCCCCCUCCCCUCGAACAUGGCUCAGCUCGGGGACAGAGCGUGACAUGUGGGAGAGGGUGUGUGAGUGCGUGCGUGCAAGUGUGUGUCUGAUCCACGGCUGCAGGCUGAGUGUCAUAAACACUGAGAAACAGG